GAAGGCCCCUCCAGAGUUCACCUAAAACUGCCAUUCAGGCAGGCUCAGGGGCUCCUUGCUUGGAGUAGCUUUAAAGCCUACCUGCAUUUUCUUCUUCUUCUUCUUCUUCUCCAUUUUCCCUCUUACCAUCUCCAAAAAGACCCCAAAAAAAAUAUAAAGAUCUUCAAGGAAGAUAAAGAAGAAUUUGGAACAAAAUGUAGAAGAAAAGGUGAGUGAUAUCUGGGCUCAAGAAAUGGGAGAUCAUGCCAUUUUCUCCAUCACCAUAGCCUUCUUGCUUGUAUCAUUCUGCAGUGCCCACUUAUCCAAUGUGGAUGCCUCAUUGCCAUCUCUUUCUCCACCUCGGAGUCCAUUGAUUCACCCGCAUUCUCCCCCGCCUUCACACAACCACAACCCAGCACCCGAGGCGACGAAGAAGAAGAAAGGAGAAGGAGCUAACAGAAGAGUUGUGACUGCAGUUCUCAUCUCUGCUGGGAUAACAUCUUGUUUAUGCGCGAUUGCCAUUCUCUGGGGAUGCCAGAAAUUCAGAACGAAACGAAAGAAUUUGGUCAGAGCCUUGUUGGUGCACUGCAUUGAAGGAGAAAUCAGAGGUGAAUCAUCUCAGAAAUCAGUUGAAAAGUUAAGGUUUAAACAAGAUAAUCCUGAAACUGCCAAUGCAAUCUCAAAUCAAAGAACACAUGAUCAUACAUUGAGCCAGAAAUCAUCAUCAGAAGAAGAAGAAGAAGAAGAAGAAAUAAUCUGUGUUCCUCAUGAGAACAUAGAAGCAGUAAACUCUGAUGAUCAAUCUUUCCAUUCCAUAUGCAAUUCAUUUUCAUCUGAUACCAUCAGGUUUUCCAAUGCUUCUUCUGCUAGUAGCCUCUGUGAAGCCUCCUCAGAGAUCAUAUCCAAACACCCUCAAAGUUCUGUGCCUUCAACAAUCAUAAAUUCCAAUUCAGAAUCAUGCUCUUCAUCAACCAAACUUCCACCACCACCGCCGCCACCUCCACUUCCAAGACCGAUUACUAAUUCUGCAAAAGGUGGUUCACCUCCUCCUCCUCCACAGCCGUCUCAGAUUCCUGCACCAUUAGGCAAAGAUGGAACUCCACUCCCAAAACUGAAACCGCUUCAUUGGGACAAAGUCAGAGCAGCUCCAGAAUGCUCAACCGUGUGGGACAAGCUCAAAGCAAGCUCUUUUGAAUUUGAUGAGGAGAUGAUAGAGUCACUUUUUGGUUAUAACCUACAAAACCCAUUAAAGAAUGAGGAGGUGAAAAGCAAAUCCCAAUCCCCAUCUCCAUCUAAGCAUAUUCUUGAGCCAAAAAGAAUACAGAACAUAACCAUCCUAUCCAAAGCUUUGAAUGCCACUUCUGAACAAGUAUGCGAAGCACUAUUGAAUGGAAGUGGGCUGUGUUUGCAAGAAUUAGAGGCACUGGUGAAAAUGGCACCAGCAAAGGAGGAAGAGGCUAAAUUGUUGAAUUACAAAGGGGACAUCAACGAAUUAGCCUUGGCAGAAAGGUUCGUUAAGGCAAUGCUAAAGGUGCCAUUUGCAUUCCUAAGAGUAGAAGCUAUGCUUUUCAAAGAGACCUUCGAAGACGAAGUUUUUCUUCUCAGAACAUCCUUCUCAACUGUAGAGGAAGCUUGCAAGGAGCUGAAGUCGAGCCGGCUCUUCCUAAAACUGCUAGAAGCCGUGCUGAAAACUGGGAACAGGAUGAACAAUGGAACAGUUAGAGGAGGAGCAAAAGCAUUCAAGUUGGACACACUUCUUAAGCUCUCAGACAUAAAGGCAAGCGAUGGAAAAACCACUCUGCUCCACUUCGUCGUCCAAGAAAUCACGCGACCACAAUUACCAUCAUCUCAUCUUGUUUCUGCAGCUCUAAGUAGUGAGCUGUGCAAUGUGAAAAAGGCUGCAGCUCUAGACUUAGAUGCUCUCGUAAGCUGUGUCUCGAAUCUGUCAGGUGGGAUAGCCAACAUACAAAAUCAUCUAAUGCUCGAGGAUAAUGAUGAUGAUAAGUUUGUGGACGAAAUGCGGGUGUUCUUGAAGCAUGCAGAGAGGAGUUUGAAGGAGGUGCGCGAAGAUGAGCAUAGGGUUAUGUUAGGUGUGAGACAAAUUACAGAAUACUUCCAUGGAGAUGAUGUGAGGAAAGAGGAGCCCAACCACCCACUAAGGAUUUUUGUAAUUGUUAGAGAUUUUUUGGGUAUGUUAGAUCGCUUGUAAAGAGCUUAUUACUUAUUGGCAACUUAACAUGAGAGCUACAACAAUUAAGUA